AGCUAUACAGGGUGGGCAAAUUCAUGAACAUCAAUGGUCAAUCAGCUCUAAACAUCCAUCCAGAGAAAGAAGAAAGGGAAACCUGAAUUCCUAUCAUCGCCCACGCACUAUUCACAAACCAGGUUCAAAAGGCUAACUGCGAACCUUAUCCCAGGUCUCAUUGUGCUGCAUUAAGAUCUGUGGAGUUCAAUUUCAGUGGGAGGAAGAUGAGCCAUCCUAGCCUGGGUCAGCAACAGCCCGAAGGAAGACAUGAGGAUGAUACUGCCAUUGCUGAAUUCCUCGCAUCGUUGAUGGAUUAUACUCCUACUAUACCUGAUGAACUAGUGGAGCAUUACCUGGCUAGAUGUGGAUUUCAAUGUCCUGAUGUGCGGGUGAUUAGGUUGGUUGCUGUUGCUACACAGAAGUUUAUUGCAGAUGUUGCCACUGAUGCACUUCAGCAAUGCAAAGCAAGAACAGCUGGAACUGUAAAAGAUAAGCGAGAUAAACAGCAGAAGGAUAAACGACUAAUACUGACAAUGGAAGAUUUAUCAAAAGCUCUACGUGAGUACGGUGUAAACGUCAAGCAUCAAGAUUACUUUGCGGAUAGCCCAUCUGCUGGGUUAGAUCCCAUGUCACAAGAAGAAUGAUUGAAUGCGUCCGAGAGGGGGAAAGCUCUUCAGAUGGCCAUAAAGGGUUGAUCUCGCCUCAAAUCUCGUACUUCAGCUUUUCUAUCCAUUAACAUAUGACUGGCAUUUUAUUGUUUGUACAUUUACCUUGUAUUUUCACUUGUGGUGAUAUUGCACUUUAAUAUUUAUGGAC